AUGCAAUUUAUUGUAAUCGUUGUUCUUGCUACUAUUGCUUGUAUACAAGCUGCACCAACUUCACCAGUCAUUGAUAAAUCAUGGGGUGAACCACGAGGAUCACCAGUAACAGAAGGUAUCAAAUGUAUAUUUCGUGUUGGUCCAUUCGAUUGUGCUAAAGCUAAAGCUGAUGCAGAUAAUGCUGGUGUUGAAGCUCAAAAUAGUUAUCCAGCAAAUACAUUACAUAAUGGUAUUGGUGAUGCUUUUCGUCAUUGUUAUUGGAAUGCUUUAAUGACAAUUAGUAUUGGUCGUGAUCAAGCAAAGACAGUUGCUGAUCUUCAUGAAGAUCAUAAUACAGAAGGACCACAAAAUGAACGUAUUAUGGAUUUAAACAAUAAUGAAAUUGGUCGACAAGUUGGUAGUGAAUCAAAAACAGCUGAUGAAGCACGUGCGAAAUGUGAUGAUCAUGUUAAAACGGGUUAUUUACAAUUAAAACCAUAG